AGAAGUUCUGAGAGAAGCUCUGGUGUUGCUGUCUGGUUGCUGGGAAGAUGGCUAAUAACAGUGGUUUUAGGAGAUUUGAACUAGCUGUUCGGUGGCGAUCAGAGAAAGUAGAAGACAAUUUGGGUGUCCAUUUUGUUGGUGGUUUAAGUUUCCAGAUGACUAUUCCAUCCAGGGUGAACUAUCAGAAACUUUGUGAUCAUCUAAUUCGGAGAAUACGGAUUAGAGACGAAACAGUACAA